AUGGACUCACGAAUAGCGAUGCGGCCUACCCGGCCUCAGACUGUCAAAGAGCUGGUUGCCCAGGCCGAGAACUUCAACUUCAAUACAAAUAUUCCCUUUAAGCACUGGACGCGUGCGGCCGAGACACUGUACCAAGAGGCUUCCUUUGCAGUCUCCGAUGGCGAUUUCGGUCGAGCUUACAUGAUGCUGUACCGGCACUCCGCUCUUGUCCUCAAGUAUAUUCCGACACAUCCCCAGUUCAGAGAUCCCGAGAACAAAAAGGCCUACGCAGCGCUUGCAAAACGCAAGCGCAUCGAACGCGUCAUCCAAGAUCUCGAACAGCUCAAACCCGAAAUUGAGAAUGCCGUCAAAGAAUGGGAGCGGAUGGCGCUGUCGCCGAAGCCGGCUACCGAGGCUGCACCAAACACUUCGUCGCGAUACGAACAAUUCGCAGCUCGCGAUCCAAGCUUGACCGGCAAUGCUAGAAUUCUGGAUGCAUCUGAUCACCAGGAUCUAGCAGUUGAUCUGGCCCAGAAGGAAUUGACACGAAGAGAUACAGCAAGGAGGGUCACAAGACAAGCUGGGAUCACUGACGAGGAUAUCAUGUCGAGGAGAAGAGGAGGCAAAUGGGACCAAUGGGACGGCGCACGCAUUGGGGACGACGAGGAUCUACGGCGACAGAUGGAGGCAACUAGGCAGGCCCUCGACUCGGCGCACGAGAGACGUAACGACCAUGAUUUCCGACCGACGUCGCACACUUACAACUAUCCGUCUAUUUCCAGACCUCGGCCACUCGAGUACGAGAAAAGUACAACGCCGACUACUCCAUCCAUUCAACCAAGCCGACCACCGAAGGAACCCGUGGCUCUACCACCAAAAGAGCCUCUGCACCCGUCUCUAUCCCAACCGUUACCUCCAAGCCUGCCACAAAAGGUGCCCCUAUCAGCAUACGAACCUCUUAUACCAUCUUCGUCGCCUCAACCUGUCGAUAAUAACCGACCUGAGGUUCCUCGCAAAGAGGCACUUAGCCCGACCGGAGAUGCUGGCCCACCAACAAUUCCCAAAAAGGAGCGUCUCACCUUCAAGCCUGGCGCAUACCUUGAGAACGGUGAUCCGAUACGGUCUCUCUUCCUUCCCAAAAAUCUCCGACAAAAAUUUCUCGACAUCGCUGCUGAUAACACACGACGGGGACUUGAGAUGUGUGGCAUGCUGUGCGGUACACCCAUCAAUAACGCUUUGUUUGUCAGGUGUCUCUUGAUCCCCGAUCAGAAGUGCACGUCGGAUACGUGUGAGACAGAGAAUGAAGAGGUCAUGUUUGACUACUGCAUGAAUGAGGACUUGCUUCUUCUGGGGUGGAUUCAUACGCACCCGACACAGACGUGUUUCAUGAGUUCACGGGAUUUACAUACGCAUGCUGGAUACCAGGUUAUGAUGCCUGAGAGUGUAGCCAUUGUCUGCGCACCAAAAUUCCAACCUUCGUAA